CCAAGUAAUGGAAGCAGAAGCAAUUGGACUUUGGAGAGGCUUAUAACCAUGGAGAAAUCCCACCCCCAAUCCCAAUGCUUGCUCCCUCCUCCGCCGCCGCUCUCCGCCGUGCUCCUCCGCCUCCUAUCGGAGACUUAUAUGUAGUUGAAGCGGAAGAAGGAGAGGAAUAGGAUAGUUUGAAGGCGGCAGGGUUUGCUAUCAGCCAAAAGAGCCCUUCACCUUCCUCAACUCUCCCAUGAUCUGAAAAAUAGUUUAAAAAAUUGAUUGCUGUCUGGCGAUAUUCUUUUUUUAAUUAAUUAUUAUUAUUAUUAUUAUAAUAGUAUUAUUGGUAUAGAUUUGAGACAGAGUUGAGAGGAAUCCAGUUGAUAAAUCUGAAGAGAGGCCGGCGGGCGGGGGUGAGAUGAGUCACAUGACUAGUAAUUCUAGUCCGAGUAGUAGCAUCGGGAGUGAGGAGCGGUCAGAAAUGUCGGAAGACGAGGAGCCGUCGCGGCCGUCGUCGUCUGCUUCAGAUCUCGGCGGUGGCGGAGGUGCGGCUAAAUCCCGCAUCUGCUCCACUGGCGGGGGAGGAGAUCACUGCUUCGUUCCGUCCUACUCAGAUCAGGUGCUCGAGAAUGUGCUGGAAAACGUGCUCUGCUUCCUCAGCGAUCGCCGCGACCGGAACAACGCGUCGCUGGUCUGCAAGUCCUGGUUCAAGGCGGAGGCCAUGACCAGAUCCGAGGUGUUCAUCGGCAACUGCUACGCCGUGUCGCCCAAGCGCGUCACGCGUCGCUUCGCCCAGGUUACCUCGAUGAGUGUCAAGGGAAAGCCUCGCUUCGCUGAUUUCGGCUUGCUGCCGCGGGAUUGGGGUGCGCGCUUCUCCCCCUGGGUCGCCGCCAUGGCAGAGGCUUAUCGUGCACUCGAGAAACUCUACCUCAAACGCAUUGAUGUCUCCAACGAGGAUCUGAUGAUGCUGGCCCGCUCUUUCCCCAAUUUCAAGGAGCUGGUUCUGGUUUGUUGCGAAGAAUUUGGGACCAGUGGACUCGCUACCGUUGCCUGUGAGUGCAGGAAAUUAAGGGUGCUUGAUCUGAUUGACUGUGAUGUUAAAGAUGAUGAAGUGGAUUGGAUUUCAUGUUUUCCAGAGACUAAAACAUGUCUUGAGUCUUUGAUCUUUGAUUGUGUGGAUUGCGAUGUGAACUUUCAAGCAUUGGAGCAGCUGGUGAUGAGGUCACCUUCUUUGAAGAAACUUAGGUUGAAUGGGCAUGUUUCCAUUGUGCAGCUUUAUCGUCUGAUGGUUCGAGCUCCACAGCUUACCAAUCUGGGCACAGGAUCGUUUGGUGCCUCAGAAGAGGAGGCUGAACUAGAACUCGAUUAUACUUCUGCUUUUGCAGCAUGCAAAUCAUUAGUUUGUCUUUCUGGAUUCAGGGAAAUUCUUGCAGAUUAUCUGCCUGCUAUAUAUCCAGUUUGUACCAACCUGACCUCUCUUAAUUUCAGCUAUGCCAGCAUCAGUGCUGAACAACUCAAACCAGUUAUUUGCCACUGCCACAAACUGCAGAUUUUAUGGGUGCUUGAUUCUGUCUGUGAUGAAGGACUUAAGGCAGUAGCUGCAACAUGUAAGGAUCUCCGAGAGCUUCGAGUUUUCCCUGCUGAUGCUCGAGAAGACGCUGAGGGCCCUGUUUCUGAAGUUGGUCUGCUUGCAAUUUCUGAGGGUUGUAGGAAACUUCAAUCCAUAUUAUAUUUCUGCCAGAAAAUGACUAAUGCAGCUGUUAUUGCCAUGUCAAAGAACUGCCCGGAUCUUGAGGUAUUCCGUCUCUGCAUAAUGGGGCGGCACAGGCCUGACCACCUUACUGGUGAACCAAUGGAUGAAGGAUUUGGUGCAAUUGUUAAGAACUGUAAGAAGCUUACACGUCUUUCCACAUCUGGUUUAUUGACUGACCAGGCUUUUAGUUACAUUGGAAAAUAUGGAAAAUUGGUGCGCACCUUGUCUGUUGGUUUUGCUGGAGAUAGUGACUUGGGGCUAAAGUAUGUGCUUGAGGGUUGCCCUAAGUUGCAAAAACUUGAGAUCAGAGACUGUCCAUUUGGAGAUUCAGCUUUGCAUUCUGGCAUACAUCACUACUACAAUAUGAGAUUUGUUUGGUUGUCAGCAUGCAAGGUAACUCAUCAAUGUUGUAAGGAAAUUGCUCACCAACUACCCCGCUUAGUUGUGGAAGUGAUCGAUGGGAAUGUGAUGGGAAGGGAUGCAAAUGUAUGUGACACGGUAUACAUGUACCGGUCUCUUGAUGGACCGAGAUGUGAUGCACCAAAGUUUGUGCAAAUCUUUUGAUGUUAGAAGAGAUGAGGAAGGUUUUUUUUUUCAGUGAUUUUAGCAGGCAUCAGCAAUGAUUAGCUUUAUUUUUUACUUGUGUAAGAUGUUACUAUGCUGAUGGCUGUUUGACCCCCGAGUUAGGUCCUGCUCCUGCAUGUGUUGUGCAAACGUGGUGCUUAUUCAGAUAGGGGAAUUGGGCAAUCAAGAUUAUAUUCAGCUCCAGUCGUCCUCCAGUUGUGAAACAUAUAUGAGGUUAAUUUAGUGAUUUUUCCUGCAAGGUGCUGUGCCAGCCGACAAUGCCUAUGUAUUGGGUAAUUUAUUUUUGAACUUUUCUUCCUUCAUGAUGUUCAUUUCAGAUAAAAGAAGCCUUUUGACAAUUGCAAGGGGAAGGGGAUGGGGAUGGGGAUGGGGGUGUAAAGCAGCAUUGAGGGUCAGUGACCUAAAUAGAACACACUUGUUGGUUGAUUUGUUGCUCCUCCUAUGAGGUUUUGUAAGAAGGGUGACCUAGAGAAUUGGAGAUUCAGAAGCAUGAAGAUCUGGAUAGUAAACCAUCAUCCAGUAUAAUUAUUCCCUUUUGAUAGAAAGAAUUGAGCAUCUACUUAUUUUUCUUCCUGUUAGUUUAGACUUUAGACUUGAAGCUGUAGCAGGCGGUAGCUUUUCCCCAGAACAUAUAUCAGUCAGUGAUCGAUCUAUGCACCUCUCUUUGUAGAACACUGUUUAUUUCCUUCUUUCAGAUGUGUUGUUUCUUAGCACCUGACUGUUGAAUUUAUUGUUAUAUUGUUAGAGAUUCAAGAUGGAUAAUAAAUGCUAAAUAUGCAUGAAACCA